AUGUCAUCUUCAUCAAACCAUUACCACUACCAAAGAGAUGGUAGGGAUGAUCUUGAUGCUUAUUUUGAUGCAUAUUUUGAUAAUUAUGCCGAAAAUUCUAAUCUCAUUCAAGAACCAAUAGAGCCAAAGAAAUGGAUUUAUAUCCCAAGAAACCGAGAAGAAGGCCACAAUAAUCUAUGGAAUGAUUAUUUCAGUGAUACUCCAACAUACCCGGACUAUUUAUUCCGGCGACGGUUUCGUAUGCACAGGCCAUUGUUCAUGCGUAUUGUGCAACGUCUCUCUACAGAAGUCGAGUAUUUCCGUCAAUCCCAGGAUGCAACCGGUCGGGCUAGUGUGUCACCUAUACAAAAAUGUACUGCAGCCAUUCGCCAAUUGGCAUAUGGUACUGCCUCCGACACAGUUGACGAGUAUGUACGAAUUGGUGGUUCAACAGCUCGGAAAUGUUUGCACGAGUUUACCGCCGCAAUAAUCUUGUUAUUUGGCGAUGAAUACCUAAGACGCCCCACACAAGACAACCUAGAGAGACUACUCUAUCAAAAUGAAAAACGUGGAUUUCCCGGUAUGGUUGGGAGCAUUGACUGUAUGCAUUGGGGGUGGAAAAAUUGUCCAACAGCUUGGAAAGGGAUGUAUUCACGAUCAACCGGAAAACCUACAAUCGUGUUAGAGGCGGUAGCUUCGUAUGACCUCUGGAUAUGA